AUGGAGGUUAACAAAAAGUUCUACAUGCAUGAAGGCAAAGAUCUUGUAGAUCCAAUAAUGUAUCGUCAGUUGGUAGGUAGUUUGAUCUACCUUACCUUAACAAGACCUGAUAUCUCAUACUCUGUCGCAGUUGUAAGUCGUUACAUGCCGAAACCGAAGAAGCCUCAGCUUGAAACAGUUCGGAGAAUUUUAAGAUAUCUCAGAAGAACAACUGAAUAUGGCCUUUUAUAUAAGAAAGGGCAAGAUUGCAAGUUAGAAGGCUUCUAUGAUGCUGAUUAUGCAGAAGAUCAUGAUACACGACGAUCAACUACUAGGUACUUGUUUAAACUUGGUUGUGGAGCAGUUUCUUGGUGUAGCAAGAAACAACUAACAGUUGCCUUAUCUACCACAGAGGCAGAGUAUGGAGCAGCAACCAUGGCAGCACAAGAGAAUAUGUGGAUAAAACAACUAAUGAAGGAUUUGCGCCAAGAGAUUAAUCAUGCAGCAAUUUUAUACUAUGACAACCUAUCUGGAGUUUACUUAGCUGAGAAUCCAGUCUUCCAUGCAAGGACCAAGCAUGUGGAGGUACAUUAUCACUUCAUUAGAGAAAAGGUACUUCAAGAGGAAAUUGAAAUGAAGCCAAUAAAGACUGAAGAUCAAAUUGCAGAUAUUUUCACGAAAGAUCUACCUGCAACCAAGCAUACGGAAUUUCUGCAACAACUCAGGAUGAUUGAAAGACCAAGGAUAGUUAGUGUUGAGGGGGAGUGUUAA